AUCUAUGUGUUUAUAUCUAGAUUGUUUAUGGAUAUACGCUAUGUUGUCGAGAACGACGCAUACAAUAAUUAAGAACCUGCGUCUUUAAUGUAUAAUUCUAACGAUAAAAUGUUGCGCUACAUCUGGUUCCUAAGCUCGUAACAUGCGGGUUGGAAGAGACCGCUCGCCGGUGCUCGGUGUCGAGCACUUUGUGAUGCUGCUGUUGUGGCAGCUGCAACCGUGUGGAGGUGGUUCUGUAGUUCAUGACGCCGGUUGCCGCCUUCUAAUUAGGGUCCUCAGAUCCGUAGUCCUAGUGUGCCUACAGUUUACUCAUAAUGCAAAGGAAGAAUAUGAAUCAGGGAUCGCCACUAAAAACACACAACAGCGUAAACCUCUCGUGACCAACUACCGACGACCGUUAAUUUCGGUGGUAGCAUUGAGCGUUCUAUCUUCGGUCAGUGUUGUGGCGACGGCAGAUUGUGGGAGAGCCUCGCUGCUGCUGCUUCUGGCAGCAACGGUGUGACAAAAGCUUCGAACAGUCCACUGGUCACGGUGUUUCGUCUAGCGACGGAGACAAUAAUCGAUUAGUUGAGCGGUUAAGCAUGUACUAGCGAUCAUACUUGAACCACAUGGUUUAUCGGUUAUAAAGUGUAAAGAAACAGCUCGAGCUUCACUUUUCGACUUUUUGAGCUCUGCGCAUUGUAGAAGGUGAUGGACAGUCCCCGUUGUGUUGAAACGCAGCAUCCGCCGAUUCGUAACAUUAUUGGCCGCGGCUAACGAAAGUUAACCAAGCAAGUGCUGCGCGCAUGUAUACCCCUCUAUUGGUAUGCCUUCCAUGAAAAGGAAAUCGUUGUUCUUGGAUCGCGCUUAUGUUUUUACGCGUUUACCGAUGAUGUGUCUAUUGUGGUAAUAUGGACGACAUUCGAUAACAUCAGUGGACUAGAAUGAUAAUUGGGCGCGAGGAUUUUGUUGAAUACGACGACAACGACGCCCAAGAUGGUGCUGAUCGUGAUGACGAUGGGUAGCCACGAAGCGAUGACGAACACCAGCGACCUAGAACAGACUAACAGGAACGAGUUUCUGAAAGGAACGAUGAUAGAUAGUGACGAUGAAUAUUGUUGGUAAAAUGUAACCGUGAUUGCAAGUCAGAUUUUUGCGGCAAAGCAAGUCAAAAAAAGAAAAUAAAACAAUCAAGUGAGACAUGCAAAACCCCGGGUGUCUAUUUUUAUGACGCCGGAGCCAUCUAUUUUUUGCGUGUUCGUCCGUCUACAUGUAAUCGAACAAGACGUAAGAGACCUACAAGGGUCUUCUUGUCCCCUUCAGCACUAUCGCCGUUACCCUCUUCAUUCACUGGCUGUAUUUUUGCUGGCUAGCAUGUGCGUUCAAUGGCUUGCUUCUGUGAAUUGCGCUUUGUUCCCGAAGUUGUCCACGGUGAUGGAUGCUGGCUGGAGUCGUCCCGGUAGCCCUUCCAGCUGCUAUUGCAGGUGAUCUGCGCUAUAAUAAGGCUACAUGCACUCACUCGCACGCUGCGAGUAAAAGCGUUUUUCUACUAUUCGAUUUGCGUUAAUGUCUUUCUUAGUAUCUUUUAAGAUCUACUUUGGAGAUUGUGGUGGGGCCGCCGAUUUUUGGCGUUUCGCUUCUAACUGUAUGCUGCGCGGUUCUCUCGUACUACGCUCGAUAUAAAUAUUUGUAUACGACAACAGUGUGCAUGUGUACUUGUGGUUGGAUUGUUGAGAAGUUAGUCGGCGUACUGGCGCCACUGUUAUCGAUGCAACAACAACAACAACAACAGUUUGUUUCAUGUGUGUGGCGCUUCGCAGUGUCCGCCGCUCGUGGCGGGCUCGUUAUUCGCGGCCGGCCUGGUCUAUGCGACGCGCUCAGCGUGUCAUCGCACCGCGUGUUGUUCGUGGAGAGUUUCGAAGCGCCGCCCAACAUUGCCAGUGUUGUGUAUAGAAAGACAGAGCAAGUUGUUAGACUCACUCAGCAGUGUAUUGUAUCUAAACUGUUUGAUGUUUAUGGUUCUUACCACAGGCUUUCGCGCUUCCUGCAUUUGGUCAUAGAGCGAUUCGGAGUCAGCAGCAGCCAGUCGAGAAGAAGUCGACACACAAACAAGCAAAUGAGCAGACAUACAAGGAACCAAACAACGAACCUCUUUGGCUUUUUCUCCCAGCCAGUUCGUUAGCCAACUAGCGUGUUGGUCGGCUCCUAAAGGUGCCCUUGUUUUGUCCGCUGGUUGAGAGCAAUUAUGUCAAUGCGAGGUACGAGAUUUUUGCCACGCAAGAUUCGUAUCACCAUACUAGCAGUAGGCAGCUUUAGCAACUUCGGACUGGCAAAACACUGAUAAUUCUAAAAGAGACAGAUAUGAUCAUGCUAGGAAACACUAGCAAUGAACUGGGAAAUUCGUUUUAGCUUAGUAAACAGAGAGUUGUAUUCAGACAAAAUCUCAAUUCGUCCCUUCGCUCCGGUUAGCUAACGUGUGCGUCGGUAUUGAUCAUGAUGAGUGUGUGCCAAAUAGUGUGAAAGUGUAAAUGGGAAUCCUCGAUUAAGUUUUUCGUUGGGAAUAGACGUUUUAUUGCUAUCGGAGAGCAUUAACACGUUCGCAAACAACGAAAGGUCUAAUUUUGAAACUUGCAGAAAGUUUAAUAUACUAAGAAAGCACUACAACGGGCUUUUUGUACGUUAAUAAAUCUCAGUAUCUGUGCUUUUCUCUCUUCGUUUUCUAAAGGACAGAUUUGGUUCUGAUUUGCAAUAAAAACAACAGCAUGAUCCAAUAUUUACUUCCGUGUGCGGGUGAUCUACUUGAUGCGUUUCGUUCGCGAGAAUUUCGAACUGUUUUGUGUCAUUCGGAGCAUCUACCAAUCAUUUGACGAUAGCUAUGCCGUACAUUUUGCUUUUAUUUCUGCUGAUGUUUCAACUGCCUCAGGUGCAGUACCUUUACAGUGUGUCGUCAAAUGUCAAAGGAUAUAUGUACACAAUAGUCGGUUUAACAAGAGGACGGCGGUAUCUUGAAUUGGUGUGAUAGUUGCUUAGCUCUUGCAUUAGAUAUCCAUUGAGGCAGUACUUGUAGAUGAAAAAAGAAUGUUAUAUCGCUUUAUGUGUGCACUAACAAUAGUAACUAUUGGGAAUAUAAUUGCAUUGUAAAUUGGUGCUUCAUUUGUACAACAGAUCAAUUCGGAGUCUCAGUAGGCUAUUCAAUUUAGGGAAAGGAGAUUAAAGGUUGACUAUUUGCGGGACCGCAUUCAUUUAGAGCAAAACUGAAAGGCAGUUUUGAGCAAAAGGUGUUAGGAAACAAGGACAGCGGCAACUUCAAAAACAGUCACAUAUUUUGCUUGUCUGAAAAUUGAAGUGGGUCUUCAGAAACUCUAAUUUUUAGCAUUUGCGGCAUUUCGUUAUCGUCAUCGAUCUUGCAUAAAUCAUACCAUUUAUAUAGAUUACAUACUACUUGAAUCCUCAUACCGGUUAAGAGUUGGUUUUAUAAAAAAAAAUUAUAAAAAAACAUAUUAAAUUUGUAAUAAAUUUCAUGAUUGGACACCAAAUUAAACUAGUUGAUUUAAUGCUGAUGGACAAAUUUUAAAUUAAUUAGAACAAAUUUAAGAAAAAUGCAAUUAACAUAAGUAAUACGUAAGUGAAGUCCUAGUCCUAUAAGAUAGAUUCAAUAUCAUAAUACUAUAAGCUCAAUAGCAUGAGCUAUAUCAAUAUGUACAAUAGUAUUUAUUUAGCUACAUUCAUGUACAGCUUUGUGUUUGGCCCUAAUGAAACGGCUAUAAUCUUUGGAAAAGCGUUGGAAUAGCGUUGGAACAAGCUCAGGUAGACUCACCAUUCCAUGGACUGAAUCGAAGAAUAUCUUCGCAGUCAGUUGUAGGUUGGUAUUCAGAUCGGAGCCUAUUCAUAUCGGGGGUGACACGUAGAGGUAUUAAUGGUCUCCAGUUAAAGUGCCGCUGCGUGCACUGACAGGGCCAUUUAUAGCUCCUUGGUAAAGAUAAGGUGAGCAACCAUAUCAUCGUCAUAAUUCGGGAAGUAGGUUUGUACUACUUACGUUAUAUAAUUUUUAUUAUAUAUAUAUUAUAAAUUCUUAUAUUAUAUUAAAAUAUUGCGUUAUAUAAAAUACAUUUUUUAAAUACAUUUGCCGUCUGAAUUUCGCUAUCUUUUGCCGAAGUUUGGUGAUGUGUCCGUCUUCAACUGUAUCAAAUUCCUAAAUCUCGAACUAAAGAUGCUCUCCUGCCAAGUGGUAUCAUGAAACGUUUAACUGUCCAGUACCAAUCGUAGGGUAUCCAGAGAUGUACAGUGGCUUUCCGACGACGUCUGGCACCACUAAUAUCUACAUACAAUCGCUGACUUUUCGCUGAUUCAAUGUUUUGGUCUCUUCCAGAACCAAUUUUUGCAACUGGCAUUUACCUUUCCCAUAGACGGUUUUGAUAUCAUGUCAGAACGGUCAAUUAAAAAACACUAGGAUCUGGUAAAUAGUUAUAGUAUGCAUUGAAAAUUAUUGAAUUGGCACACAAGACAAAUAAAUACUUAAAUUAUGGAAGUUGCCGUCGUAGCAGGCUCAAACAAGUUGUCUCUCCAUCUUUAUUUUUAUUACAGCUGUUGUGCGAGAUUUGUCAACUGUUGAAUGUGGUGCAAGUAGAGCAUGUUUGGAUCAGUUCAUUUCAGAUUUCGAAUUAUGAGGGAACAGUAAGUUAUUAAAUACGCCGUCGUUACUUUUCGAUACGUUGUGCAAUUAUUAGAUAAUAACAGCAAAGUCCAUAGAACGAUAUUGGCAAGCAUGCUAAUGAACUAGGAUUGGAUAUUGAUUGAGGUUUAUAUUAGACUUCAAAAGGUCUGUGGUCAAGAAACUAAAAAAGUAUUCGUCCUUAUAAAAUAAAAUUUAGUCAGUGUGAUAAGGAAUAAGUACAAAAUUAAAUAGAUGGCUACGAUUUUUCUACUGAUACGGCCGUACUGCUUUAUGGAGACCCUUGUAAUUAGAGUUAUUCAUGACUCUGAUUACAGGGGCCUGCCCAUUACUACCAGUCAAAAUGCUGCCGUUACUAUAGACGUGGCAUUACAUUCAGACCUGAAAUAAAAUACGUAGGCGCUGCAUUUGUUAUUGAGUCUCGAAAGAAAACAAGCUUGAAUUGGGCACGUAUAUCAUGAACAGCGCGAUAUAUGUCUAAGUUAUACGUGCUGUGGGUGUAUUUGAUACCGGCAUUGGAUUAUCGAAAUAGUUAUAGAAGGCUGUUAUUGGUCUCGUUUUUCCCAGGACGCUUUGCUUUUUGACAUAAGUGCUUUUAGGCACCAGGAAACUUUUUGUUGAGCAAAUACCGAAAGGUUUCUAUUUGUUUUUUUGAGUGCGAUUUUUAUUUAACCAUGGAAAGUUGACUUUUUGUAGAUGCUUCUAUAACAAUCGAAGAUUUCUCAGGAUUAUAGUAACAGCUAAAGGAAGGUACUAUUUUGUUUAGGAUUGGAGUACUAUAUUUAAUUCAUUCGAAUUAGAUUCAAUUUUAAAUAAAAUAGUCAUAACAGAGGCAUCAGCCGCCGUUGCGGCUAGUUAGAUACACGCAGUGAGGCGUCUAAAGCAAAAAGGAACACGUAGUCUAACAGAUGACUCCAUAAAAUAUACCCAUUGAUUUCUUCAAAUAGUACCAUUGUAUUGAAACAUAAGUUUGAAUGUUUGGAGCGCAUGUUGCUUAAACUCCAUAUUCUGAGCACGUUAUUUUAUUUUAAGAAAUAUUUGCUAAAAAUACUCUGUUUCCUUUUUGAGUAAAUUACAGAUUGAAUAUUAUACGCGAGGCGGAGACGGUCAUUUUAAAGAGAAAAGAAGUUCUGAGGCUCGAGGCAUGGAGACCUCAGGCUUUCGGGAUUUGUAAAUGUAGGAAUAUUGAUCCUUUUUGACGUGUUGUGUUAAUUAGCGAACUUGUUUACAUUUACGCAAGCAGCGGAACAUCUUGCACUAUUGUGCCACGAGGACAGAUAGUCUCCUGACGAAAAUUCGUUCACAUCAAAAAAGCCCAUCAUGCCUAACUGGCCUAGAGGGAGUCAAGGCGUUGCCCUGGUGGCCGGCACUGUGUGUAUUCUUGCCAUAGCCAUUACAUUUGCUGCAUACAUGAGGUCGCCACAGACGAAGACGACGAUUAAAAGAAGGCGAUCAGCGGCCAGCCUGUGUAAUGGUGUCCGCUCGAUAUUCAACGAGGUUGUAGGAGAUCCAGCACCGGCGCUGGCAGGACCAGAGAAACCUGAGCAGUCUGCGCAGCAGCAACAGGAGUCCCCACAGCUGCCGCCGCCUCAAGGAAAGGCAGUUGAAAAUGAAGCAGACAUUAAGCCGUCUGAACAAGAAGAGGAUAACCUUAGCAAUGCUGCGACGGCAGGCACCUCGGAGCGCUCAUUAGACCUAGGUGAAGCAGAAGCGGUCACUGACGAUGCAGGCCGACUCGACUCAGGCAUAGGGAGUCCGAAGGGGACCCCACAACUUGACAAGGGCAGACUUAGCCUUAACCGGUUCGAAGCCCUUAAUCAGUCCACGCCAGCGCACAAUCUCAUUGAGGAGUCGUUGAGUGCUGUGUGCUACUCUCCUCUCAGCUCAUCGGCCGUGAACUCUUCGUCGCUGCACGUUGAGGUGUCGACGAUGUCACUUGCCGACACUGAGCCUUCCGGUAGUAGUGGUUUUGGACACGAAAGUGGUUCAACAAUAAAUAGCGGCGACAAUUCCAGCCGACAAAUACCAUCCGGCGACAUGGGUUCGCUCAAGAGUGAAACUGAUACUCACAUCAUGAAUAAUUCUGUUGAAGUUCAAAGUCAAUUGCUAUCGUCGAGUUCGCUCGCAAGAUCAGCUCAGAACUCUCCAGUGAAACAAGAGACGAAGUCAUCUUUUAAAAAAUCAAAGGACACCUGUCGAGAAAUCGUCACUAAUUCUGAAGAAGCACCUGUGAGGAACUCGACGCCAGCCAAGGAAGCAAUUAUGAAACCCAAAGACGCAAGGAGUCCAGUCAGGUAUAGCAACAACUACGUUGCUAACAACAGCAGUAACAAUAAAAGCAGCAAUAAUCAGAAACACAAUAACAACAACAUCUCUAAUUACACUAGCAACAAUAAAAGCCGGAGCCCUGAGCACCAAUCGAAGCCAAAGGCUCACUACGAACCCGGCGAACAGACAUUGGCCAACAAAGACGAAAGGCGAAAAGAUAACUGUGAGUUACUUCCCAAUGGUGGUAAGGCGCCAACUCCAUCAACCAAACGGAAAGUUGUUAACGCUUUACAGAAUCCGUCGGUGGCAAACACUACUCAGAUGCGAAGAUCGGCAUCAAAUUGGACUGACGAUAGCGAGGACAGACACGACAGGACAGAUGCCCAACGGCAUAGUAGCGGGUCAGACGUUGCGGCGGAUGACAAAAGCGAAGGCAGCGCCGACUCUGGUAAAGGGGGAAGCGACUGCCCAACUGCUGUCAUUGUCCCACCCACCGUUUACGAAUUCGAAUUGGCAGCGGACUUAUGCGGUCGUCUGAUAGGUCGUCAGGGACAAAUCGUGAAGUCGAUCAAAACUCAAACGGGCGCCACGGUCACAGUUCGACAACACUCUUUCCACGACCACAUAAAGACGGUGUACGUUGUUGGACAAGCUGAUGAUGUUACCAAGGCUCUUGGUGAGAUUCGCAAACGAUUCCCGGCUAAGCAAUUUCCACAGGUUAUGCUGGAGCCUCCGAAAACCCCAAGGCUACAAAUGAUGACCCUUCCACCCAACCCAGACAUGGUUGAAGUCAGGGUGUGUUCAAUAGAUGCUGCCAACCGGGUAUUUCUACAGCUCGCUAAGAAUACCGACAUUAUUCAAGAAAUUGAUGCACAGAUGGCUUUGCUGUACGGACCGGGAUCAAGAAUUAAUGCGCCACCGUUGGGCCUGGAACCCCCUUGUCCGGGGUCCGUAUGCGUCUCGAUUCAAAACGGUGUUGCCUUCCGAGCGCUUCUCGUCGCAACAGAACCCAUUACAGUGAAGUACGUUGAUGCGGGUGGGUACGGCCCUGCUCAAUUAGGAGAGCUUAAGCAGAUUCGAAGCGAUGUGUUGGGAUAUCCUUUCCAAGCAGUGGAGAUGGUUCUGGCGAAUAUAGAACCUCAAUCAGGGGUUAUCUUUACUGCAGACGCCAUGGCAGCGACACAUCAAUUCGUCAUGAACGUGCAGCACGCCGGCGGUAGAUUUUUCGCCCGUGUUAUCAGUUAUGAAGCCAACGUGACUUGCGGCGAGCUGAUAGGGCAAAUGCGUGAUCAAAGCGUGGUCACUCUUGCAGAGCAUCUCGUUCAAGAAGGCCACGCGCGCUGGGUGAAAGCGUGGGAUCAGGUACUGUCGAACGAACCUGCCCCGCCAGGCACGGAACCACCCGUACCGACUUUUUCACCUGCUGAUUUUCCCCAACUGAAUGCAACAAAUACGGGUUCGUGGUAGCACCACUGCGAUGAUUAGACGUGUGUAGACAAGACCAGUGAAGGAAUGCAGCACUAGAGGCUGCUUCCUUAAUGGCAGUAGCAUCAAUUUAUUGUUCCAUCAACACAACACAAUCAUAGAGGCUGCUGCCAGCUCUCAAAACAUACAGAUGCCUCAUAGAAAAAACGGAUGAAAGCGGAGAUUGUGCACCUAAUAUGUACGGUAUAGGCACCUACUAACAAUAGAAACAUUAGAAGUUUAAAUUGAACUGAAAAAACAUCGUAAGUAAAACCAGUUCAAUGAAAUUACCAUAUUAUGUACUUAGUCUAAGUAGAGCCAGAAGCUUAAUCUAAAACAAAUCCAGACAUUACACUCCCGCUGACAUCACUUUCGCGCUCACCCUGUCGAUUUUCUUUGGAAAUACAAAAGCCCCGUUAGGGAUGUGUACAGUUACGAUGAGAAUGUGUGAGAUGAUGGAUAACAUGCUAAUGUUUCGUUCGUUUACCGUUAUCUGUUUCUUCCAUACACGAUGUUAUUACUAUUAUUGCAUAUAGAACUUUGCUACUAUUACUAUUAGUGAGGCUUACUGUGGUGAGAUAAUUAUGAUGCUAGUGAAUGAUGACAAUAUGUUGAUGCCAUAAACCAUGGCCAAUAAUACGACCACGGCAGUCUACUGGGGUUAAUGAAAGAUAUAUGGAAUUUCUAUACUAAAUCGUCGCUAGAUAUCAGUCGCAAGAUGGCUUCUCAACGGGGAGAAAAAUAUGAGAGUUAUGAAUCAGUCAGAUGAAACAGCCAUAAUUAUUUCUUGCUGCGUUGUGUGUCUUAUACCAGAUAUACAUGGAAGAAAAAUACUAAAUGAAAACUAUAUUCGAAAUUGUUAUACGUUUUUUUAUAGAGACUUUGGGAAAUGCGUAAAAAUGCGUAGUCGAUCAGGAAUAAUGCGACCAUCGUCAUUGGGCUUGGUUAUAGUUGCACGCCAUUUAGCUGAUACUAUUUGAAAUCAUAAGAAAGAAAAUUUUUAAUAGCCUUUAUCUAUUUUGCCUUCUCAAUUUUGGUUACUAGUUACUAGCAAUGCCAUCUCUCUGCACGUAGUCUGUAUGCAAGAGAUGCAGACGCUUCCUUUUGGAUCUUUCGAAAUUUGAAAUUAGACCAUGCAGCAGAAAUUUUGAGUCCUAUUUUGUAUUCCUUAUAAUUGAAGCCGCAAACAGCCAUACGUGAAAAUAAAUAUGCAAAACGAGAGAUAUAAAAACAAUUAUAUAUAUAUUAUAUACAUAUAUUAGCGAUGUUACGAGCAACUAUUUAUCGAAUAUGAUCACACUUGAUACUACCUUGCAAUCUCUGUGUAAUCGUUUAAGUAAAAUCUAGAUAUGUAAUUGUUGCAAAAAACGUUAGCUUCCGAUGAGCUAUCUUCUUCGCUGUUAAAUAAGGGGCUUAUGAAACGCUGAAGAGCUCACGAAGUCUAUAAUCGAAUUACCCUAAAUUGUUGAGCUACAUAUAUAACUAUUACAAGUUCAGAUAGUACUGUUACUGUACGACAAAGAAAACGAAUUGAGCAAAGCACCUGCCAAUAGAAAGGUGCACACCCCAGUAGAGGCCUGGUUGACUAUGGAGCGCCACCAUCAUGUAAAUGUAAAAUAUACGAAAAAAAUAGUCAUAGUGUGUGGUAAGCAAAGAAACACGCAAAUUAAGGUAGAAUGAAUGACAACAGAUGAGAGCACAAAUGAAAAUGAAAAAAAAUUGCCUGUAUUCUGUGUCAGAGUGUGUGUAUGUUAUGUUACGUUCGCUGUGAUGUGUGCAGGAGGCAAAUACUGUCAUGUGAUGACGCCUGUGUGCCUCGCCACGAGUUGCUACCUUGCUGGCCUUAUAUUCCUUGCCUAUGAUGAUACUUACCAUAGAUGUUAAAAGAGUAGCAAAGGGCGAGUUCUCGAAUCAUUUGUUUAUCCCUGACAUUGAGACAGGCUUUUAGCAGCGACAUUGUAGUGCUUCUUUUUGUAACAGUUAUAUGAAGAGAGACAAUAAAAAUACAGUAUAUAUUAUGUAGAAAACGAAACAAAAAUAGUAGAAAAUACCAAACACGAAAAGGCAACCGAUUAAAAAUACAAUAAAGGUCAUAAUUAAGAAAAAAUAUUCGUCACUGCAAAUGAGCAGUGCAAAUAUUGUUAAAGAGAUACAAAACAUCUGUAGUAUGGCUACACACAUGCUGUUGUUACUAUAAUAACAAUAAUUAUACAUAAUAAUAAUGAUAGUAUUAAGUAUAUGAAUAGUAGGAAAUAAGAAAAAAAAUGUGUCGAGGUCGCUUGUCAUAGAGAUCGUAGCGAAAAUCUUUUUCGUAAAAUUUCGUAGUUCAAUUCCGGAAUCUGCUACUAGUAGGAACGCACGAUUUUUGCAUGCUCGUAUUGUUUUCGGGCUUUUCGCAAGUUUCUCAUGAAGAAUCGAAAUGAGUCGUAACUAGAAGUAAAAAAAUGGAGCAAAGCACAGCAUACUUAAGAAAAACUGAAACAAAAAUUGGCAAACAUGAGAAAUGACUGGCGGACCUGGCGGACAACAACUGAACAACCAAUACAUACUGAAUCACAACUCCAAGUGAAUUAACAAUCUUUAAGGGGAUGAAAGAGCUCAGUGGAUGAAGCUUUUUUCUAAUGGAACCAAAAAGCACGCAUAUACAUUUUAUCGAUAAGAACAGUGAGUUCGUAGAUCUCUUUGCAGACCGUCUUCGGGAGAUAUGUGAUCGUGCGAGAAGUGGUGCCUUCAUUUAGAAAAUAAGGACACAGGCGCAUGGAGGAAAAUCUGUCCUUUCUUUUAAUAUUUAUCUCAAGCACGUUGAUUUGAAAUAACCGCUAGUAGUAGGUUAAAUAGUAAAGAAUUUUAAUAAAUUACUUCUGAUUUUUCAGCUGUGAAACGACA